AUGUUUGAAGGGGAAAGAGCUUCAAUUAAAGUUUUGGCGAGAGAUGGAGCUGGAAUUACACAUAAAAGGUCAAAUACAGCAGAAAUUAAAAUUAAUGUUGUAGCUGUUUCUGAUAUAGCAAAUAAUCUAAAUAAAAAUGAGGGGGAAGAGGAAGAAGAAAAUAAGGAAGAAGAGGAGGAGGAUGAAUUUAAUGAAGAGAAGGAUGAAAUAUUUUUUAACUCGAAUUUUAGAAAGAAUAUUUCUUUAAAACAAAAUAUUACAAUUGGAACAACGACAAAAGGAUUUACUGUUCCUCUAAUAACUUUUGUGAAACGAAGAAACAACCAUGAAGAGAAAAUAAAAUCAACAACUUUACAAACAAUUAAAGAACAAUUUAUUAAAAAUAUUAUCCCCAAAACUUUUAAUGUUGAAUCUCUUAGUGAAGAUGCGCCUGUUGGAUUAGAACUUUUACAUAUUCCUUUGCCUUCUUUAAGUAAGUUUUUUGAAGGAAAAUAUUUUGAAAGGUAAGACUAAACUUGGAAAAGGGUUAAAAAGACGGGUACAUUGUGUCGGAAAAAAAUCUUGAUCAAAUAUUAAAGUGAGUCUAUCAUUUUCUGACACACGCUUUUCGAAAAAUCCGACAUAAAAAUUACUUAAAAA